GGGUGCUAAGUCUCGACCUUCCGGCUCCAUGGAACCCAGCACUGAGUUCUUCCGCAGCCACUAUGGCAUACCUGUCCCGCAAUCCCGACAUCUAAACUAUUUUCUAUAAAGCAUACCUCGCGUGCAGCACAUUUCAUGCCUCUAACUCAGGCCUCCGCCUCCACUUUCCUAUUUAGCUCUAAGGUCCUUCCGUCCUCUCUCCCUACUUUCCCGGUAUCAGAGACAUCUGCAAAUGAAGUCAAGUCUCAGAAGAGCACUGAAUGUCAUCCUGUUUUGCUGCAGGUGUCGUUGCGAUAGAGAUCGACACAUGCACAUGCACACCUCCGCCCCCUCUUUCCAAAGAUCGGCAGAGAGCAGUCCUACGAGGACGUUAGUGGACCCGGAGCAUCUUCACGACGAGAAGAAAGUAUGCUUCACAUCUUAUGAACCAAAUCUAUCGACGGCAUUGGCGAGGGUGGAAAGUCUCCAAGACGAGCUGACAAGACUCAGCGCGAAGGUGGAGUCUAUUGUCCCUCGUGUAGUCGCCCUCCCUCCGUCGAGACCUUCAACGCCCUCCCCAAGAAGAAACUACGCACGUCAUAUCCCUACGACUAGAAGCAGUCUGAUGGAGAUCAUCAAGUCCAGUCCAUUGAACAUUCUCCUCCUAUUCAUUCCGGUUGGAUGGGCCCUAUAUUUCGCCAAACAAUCCGGUGUUGUGAUCUUUGUCACAACUUUCAUAUCCGUCAUCCCUCUGGCUCAACUCAUUGGGUAUGGGACGGAAGAGCUCACGAUGCGGGUUGGGCCUACUGUGGGCGGUCUUUUGAAUGCAACGCUCGGUAACACGGUCGAGCUUAUCGUGUCCAUAAUCGCUUUGUCGCAAUGCAAGUUGACCAUUGUACAAUCAAGCCUCAUGGGAUCUAUUCUGAGCAAUCUGCUCCUGGUGCUCGGCAUGUGCUUUUUUUGCGGCGGAACGAAGUUCGCCGACCAGGCGUUCAAGCAAAUGCAGUCGCAAUUACACAGCACGCUGUUGGUCCUCAGUGUCAUCGCGGUACUCCUUCCUGGCGCAUACCACUUUUCGGUCCAAUGGCGAAACCAGGCUGACAACAUAUCCUCGGAUGACGUGUCGGCUGCUGUUCAGGCAUCGGCAAUAAUGAAAAUGAGCCGUGGCGUGGCCAUAAUAUUGCUGUUCAUCUACGGAUGCUACCUGUUUUUCACUCUCUACUCCCACGAGCCUUUCCUACAACUCCAGGACGAUGAGCAGUCUACCCCUUAUAUCGGAGGAAAAACGAAGCACAUACAAUGGCCACGUCCACUUCACUGGCCACGGAAGCAGCAAGUUCCAAACUUAGGCUCGAAUCAAGAGCAAGGCCAGGUGAUGUCCAAUGUUUCUCUUCGGGAAGAAGAGGAGGAGGAGCAGCCGAAGUUAACUCUUCCUGUCACGAUAGGCUUACUGGUUAUUGUCUCGGUGCUUGUAGGCGUCACUUCAGAAUUCCUGGUCGAUUCGAUCGACUCUGUGGUACAAACUGGUGCUCUCAGCGAGGAGUGGGUUGGUCUGAUUCUGAUCCCCAUCAUCGGCAACGCUGCCGAGCACGUAUCAGCCGUGACUGUAGCUGUCAAGGACAAAGUUGACUUGGCGAUAAACAUCGCCGUGGGCUCGAGUAUUCAAAUCGCUGUCUUCGUGAUUCCUUUCGUGACCGUUCUCGCGUGGAUCAUGGGAAAAAACUUGACUAUGCUAUUUGAUCCGUUCGAGAGUCUCUCCUUGUUCUUGGCCGUCAUGGUCGUGAGCUAUACUGUCCAGGAUGGAAGGAGUAACUGGCUCGAAGGGAUGAUUCUGAUGUGCGUCUACGUAAUACUGGCUCUUUGCUUCUUUUUCUAUCCUGGUUAUGAUCCGACUACAUAUUUGGGUAUUACCUGCACCUGAUCCGGUUGUAUCACCACUCAUUUUGGCCAAUGAGAGCCCUGCUCACUAUAUGACGUGUAUCCAUACAUGCCUUGUGAACACGAGGUCCGCCCCUCAGUCUCGUUGUUUUCGUCAGUCUCCAUUUCAAGUAGGCUUUCGAGGUUCAUAGUUGUGUAUGUUCUAAUAGGUUGUGUACGUUAAAUUAAACCAGUGGAGAUAUUACUUCGGCGGA